AUGGCGGGAGCUUUGUGCCCCAUUGGUCGGAGCCGAUCCUCGGUGACUGUGCCGGGGCUGGUGGUGACCGUGUUGGUCCUGGUGCUGGUCAGUGGAGCUGACGGUCAGCCCUGCCCGACCCAGUGCUCCUGCACCGGGACCACAGUGGACUGCCACGGCCAAGGACUCCGCAGCGUCCCCAGAAACAUACCCCGAAACGCAGAGAGACUGUAA